UUUGACCUCAGCAGCAUGAAACUCGAUGAGGUCACCUGUCCCCAGGGAUGCACUGAGGCUGUCUUGUCCCUGGACACUGGGUACCGCUCCUCUUUGACCAUGGUGCAGAAGGGCUGCUGGACAGGCCCGCGCACCGGCCAGAUGCAGUCCAAGGACACCGCGUUGCCACCUGACUACUCGUCGGUGCGAGGCUGUGAAACCGAUUUGUGCAACACCAACCUCAUGACCCAUGACACCAUCCCCAACCUGAGCCCAGCACCCAACCCUCCAACACUCAGUGGCACUAAAUGUUAUGCCUGCGUGGGGAUGAAUCUGGAGGACUGCACCCCAGAAAAGUCCCGACAAGUCCAGUGUCACCAGGACCAAACUGUCUGCUUCCAGGGCAAUGGCCAGAUGACCGUUGGCAAUUUCUCAGUCCCUGUGUACAUCAGAACCUGCCACCGGCCCUCCUGCACCGUCAUGGGUACCACCAGCCCCUGGACAAACAUUGACCUCCAGGGCGCCUGCUGUGAGGGGAACCUUUGCAACAGGGAUUCUGUGACCCAGUCCUUCACCUCAGCUGCCACGCCUCCUCCUGCACCUGGCCUUGUGGCCCUGCUCCUGGUGGUUCCCCUACUGGCUGACACUCUGGGAGGAUCCCUCAAGCUCUCCUCAUAGACAG